AUGAUGGACGCCCUCUUGCCAGCUCGGAGCGUGUUCUUCGGUCGCGGAGAAGAGCCUCCAUCACCACCAGUCGAGGACCAACCGCUCCCUUCUUCUGAACCAGCGGCCCCUGGCCUGGUUGUUCCCGAUGUUGUUUCUGAUGAAGAAGGAGAAGAAGAAGAAGAAGAAGAAGAAGAGGAUGACAACGGGGUUGCUUCACCCGAGCCCACGGUGGUUCGGCUAGACGAGGGUCCCGUUGCCCCAGUUGCCCCCAUGGAAGCAGAUGCGUCCGCCACGCUUCCAAGAAAGCGCGGCCGCCCAUCGCUCUCAGCCUCCGCAUCUCGCAACGGCACGCCCGCUAGAAGCGGGGCCGGUUCGACAAAGACUCCGGGUACAACUACCAGAACCAGGACACCACGCACUGCAGCCAAGGGCAAUGCAACGGGGGCUACUCCGGCAGUGUCCAGCUCUCGCAAGCGCAAGGCAGCUGUCGCUGAUGUCGAAGAGGAAGCUGCUGCCGCUCCCGCACCGGCUAAGCGCGCCGCUCGUGGCCGGCCGCCAGCAUCUCGCCCUGUAUCAGCCAGGAAGGCUGCAACUGAAGCCAAGAAGAAUCUUGGUCCUACGAAGCAGGCAAAGGUACGAGGAUUUAACCCCGUGAAGCCCGCUCUAAUUAGCCCUUCAACUGACAUGGCCGUUCAGACCAAGCCAGCAACCAAGGGCAAGCGAGGUAGGCCCCGCAAGGAGCAGUCUGAAGGCGAGGAAGACGGAGACUCGUGGGAGGUUGAGGCCAUCCUGGACUCAGGCAUCGAUGCGGACAGCAGCCAGCACAUGUACCUCGUCAAAUGGAAGGGCUAUUCUGACAAGGACAACACCUGGGAGCCGAAGCGGAAUCUGUCAGGCUGCGCGGACCUCAUCCAGAAGUUUGAGGCGAGCAACAAGAAAGCCAGGAAGCCACGCCAGAAGAAGACCGAAUGA